AGCUAGACCUAACACUUUGUCACUUUUCACUUUUCACAGAUAAAUGGACCAAAGGAAUCUGUCACACUGAAAAAGGAAACAACACACCGUAGAGGCAUCUGCAAAACUGUUAUUUUCCCUUCUGCGUAGUCAUGACGACUGUCUGAGAGUUUAAAUACAAAGACGUUCGUCAAUCCCACCUCUGAAAAAUUCAAAGAGCCAUUCCAACACAUCUCUGGAGCAUUAUACAACACCUCCACAAAAGACGUCCUUCCUACUGCUAUCAAGAAGCCAAGAAAGGGGGUCAAACAAGCUCUUCUGAUCAGACUGGACCAACAGCAGAGAGACAAACAGAAAGACCUUCUUUCGUUCUUUUUUUCAAUCUUUCUUACACACUCAAGUCAACAUCUGACGUAGCCAAAAACAUAAAGCUCAAUAGUUGUUUAAGUGAGGAAAAAAUGUGUUUUCUUUUGCAAGUCACAGGAUAAACUGCUAGGAAAUACUUCUGGACCUUUAUGAACUGCCUGUAGUCAACAUACUGAGUGAAUUUAAAAAUUCUUACCCUGUGCUGUGUAUGUAUGUGUAUUGACCAUCUGGGUGCUGAAGUAUUUACAAUUCCUGUGUACUUUGUAGAUAUCAGAAAGAGCACAGGAACACCAACCUAAGUACUGUUAAAACACAAAAAUCUGACUGCAUAUAGUCAAUAUUUAUCAAGUUCUGUGAACUAGACUGUUAAAUAAUAUACAAUAAUUAUGGGUUUAUUUAUAUUGUAAUAGGUUUGCUGUUGCAGACUUUGAGGUACAUGUUGUUGGCUGAGUUUUUCAUUCAUUGACACUCAGACUGACAGAAGCACCUUGAAGGGGAGAUUUUUGAAGGGAACAUGGAGGCAUCCAUCCGUCCCCAUGUCCCGUCUAAUGGCUGACUUCAAAGGAGGAUAUUAAUCUUCUUCCCCUUGUACAAGAGCAAGGAGUGUCCAACGCUGAUUAGAGCUACAGCCCGUCUAUCUCAGAACUCCAAAGCCUUGCGAAUGUCCUGCCUCAGGCGUCAGCCUCUGGCCAUCCCCAUGGACACGGUCAAGAUCAUCCAAUCGGAGAAGUUUCCCAGAGAGUGCCCCGUUCCAGUCACCCAACCUCGGUAUGCCCCAGCUCCAAGAGUGGCGUGGGAUGGCGGUGGUGAGGGUGAAAUCAUCGUCAACCAGGCCUGCAGUGACCUGACACUGGACAUAGCACCGUCUCCCAGGCCAAUGGUGUCUCCUCCGGCCCCACUGAUGCGCAGGGAACACAGCUUCCUGGCGCAGCGCAAAACCAGUGCCAAUGAAAUCUGCUACCACCAGUUCCACUACAAGAUGGAGGACGUCAUAGUCAACCAAUACGUGCUCCGUUCCUCCUCCACUUCUUCCUCCACUUCCUCAUCCUCAUCUUCAGGCCCCGUCAUGCCGUGCGAGCCCCUGGAAUGCCCCACCUGUGGUCACACGUACAACUUUGCGGGGAAGCGUCCGCGGAUCCUCUCCUGCCUGCAUUCGGUGUGUGAGGAGUGCCUGCAGAUCCUCUAUGAAUCAUGUCCCAAGUACAAGUUCAUCUCCUGCCCCACGUGUCGGCGCGAGACGGUGCUGUUCACUGACUAUGGCCUCGCUGCUCUGGCCAUCAACACCAGCAUUCUGAGCCGCUUGCCCUCCGACCCCAACGGGCCCGUGCAGUGGGGCGGGGAGGCCGACCGCAGCUGCUACCAGACUGUGCGUCAAUACUGCCAGUCAGCCUGCACCUGCCAGAUUGCCAACCCGUUGUCCUCCUGUGGCAUCAUGUAGACAAGAGGGAGGAGGUGAGGACACUGCAGACAAGACUCGAUGCUGCUCCCCACCAACACCACUCUUUUCAUCUAUAAGCUAAACCCUUUCUGCCAAGCCCCCUCUCUCACAUGUACAGUAAAUAAAUCCCUUCAUAGAUGUUAUCUCUCUAUAUUUAAUAACACAGGUGGAUACUGUGUGGGACUUAUGGAUGCUGGUGAUCCAGUACGAAGUAAAUAAAUGUAUUUUAUGUAUGGACUGGAAAACUAUUCACUGUCUCAUUUGGUUGGAUGUGUUUGUCAUGACAUCUCUUUACAUGGGAAUGCCAGGGGAGGUAUGUCCCCCCCCGCCAACCUAGGAGAAUAAAGAUUAAAUAAAUGAAAA